AACAUAUGCUACAGGCCCCGCGUUAGCUUAAUCCGGAAAUGCUCAGAGGGAUCUAGGAGGUAGCUCCGUGGUGUCUGCUUCCGUGAGACAUGAUCUCGAACGUUGAAGGGUUAACACGGCUGUGUAAGAGAUCCGAAUGGAUGUUCUUUGUCUCGUAGCCCACUAUAUAAGUGUAUUCUUAGGGUUUAAUGGCAGCAUUAAUCCUCUGGUGAAACUUUUUUUAAUUCCCUGCUUGCGCAUCAUAUUUGGUUGAUUAAGGACUAUUUUGGUCAAUGGAAAGUGACGAAAAUGUUGCUUUAUGAGUAUCUCACAGCUUAAAUUUGAAUUCCUUUCGUCCGCUUGCUUUAUCGGUGUAAGUUUCAUCCACAUCCUGCCAGGUUUUGUCUCAUCGUCGUUCUGUUUUUUUUUCCAGCAAUAUAAAAAAAAAUCACACUUCAACAGAAAAAAUGGAUAACUAUUUUUACCAGUACCGGAUGAUUCCAGCAAUCUACACAAUAAUAGUGGCGCUGGGGGCACCCCUGAACGGAUUGGCAGUCGUCAUGCUGAGCCGAAAGAAGAAGACCUCAACGUCAAUCUACCUGCUGACGCUCGCCUUGGUGGAUCUCUUCUACCUGCUCUUCUUGCCAUUCAAAAUCUACUACAACAUCCAAAUGAAUAACUGGACCCUUCCCACCAUCCUGUGCCGUAUGUACGUCAUCUUCUUCUUCACCAACACCUACUUCACGCUCAUCAUGCUGGCCGUCAUCAGCGUCGACCGCUACCUGGCCAUCGUGCACCCGCUGUGGAUUUCGCGCUGGCGCGAGCCGCGAACUGCGUGGCGCGUGUCCCUCGUGGUGAUGGUCGUCACGUCAAUCCACAACGUGCCCGUAAACUCUGUCACCGUUCUCAACUACGACAAUAGCACCUAUGUGGGCGGAGCGCCAGUCCUUCGGUGCUACGAGAUCUUCAGCAAAGAAGAGUACGACUUGUUAAUCCCUUACAGGCUGUACAUCUUUUUUUCCCUCUAUCUUCUAUCGCUCCUCACGGUGUUAUUCGCCUACGGAAAUGUGCUCAAAGUUCUCAUUAACAGUAAGGGGAAAACCGAGCUCGUGAGCCGCGAGAAAAAAAUGAGGGCGGCUAAGGUCACCGCUGUGAAUUUAUUCAUUUACGUGGUGUGUCUCACUCCGUUCAACUCCACCCACGUCGUGGGAUUCUUGCAGAGCAAAUCGACGACGUUUUCCGGACACACCAUCGCUCUGCUGCGAGACAUCACGCUCUGUCUCAACGCCCUCAACAGCCUCUUCGACGUGCUCAUCAUUUACAUCGCCACGCCUUCUCUUCGCAAGUGGCUGAUUAACGUUUUAAAGUGCAAAUUUAAGGAAAAUCAGGUUGCAGCCCUCAACAUAUCGGGGUGAAUGUCACGGGCUUCAUUUGCUCAACCGAAAGUUUGCAAAGUUGCACCCCUACCAUAAUGAGAUAAAGGCAUUUCAUUUACUUUGGGUGCUGGCUCGUUUGUAUGUAUGUAAGCAUGUUGAACUUAUUUUGCAUCGUACGUUAGCCAACCGAGCUAGUUGGAGGUGCGGGGGAAAGGACAACAAACUAAACUCUAAAGCAAUCUCACGGUUAAGCUCGGCACACACACAGUCUGUUCUCCUGUAACGCGGUAGUUGCGUUCCUGAAGAACACCACGUUAUGGAAAAAUCGCGUUAAAUCAUAUGUUAAUAUAGGGGUAAAGCACAGUUCGCGAUAACGCGUGAGAUGCGUACGCAGGUCGAACAAAGACUGAGGAGCG